AAAGCUCACCCUUCCUGGGUUCACUACAUUUACGGACAUUGCAGAGCUCCAGUCAUACUCACAACCAUGAACUUCCCCCUGAUAACAGCUUUUAGUCUCUGCAGCCUCUGCUGGUUCUCUGUCUCAGGUUCUGAGGUUCAGACUAUGGACGUCCAGUUGGGUCAAGACGUCACACUCACCUGCUCCAAUGUUAACCAGUAUGUUACUUUGAUAAUCUGGUUCAGAGUGGUCGACCGAACGUCAGAUGGUUUUAUCUGUACUACGGACCCAUCUGGCAAAAUUAAAACAACAAGUGCUCGAUUCCGAAAUGAAACGUAUGUCACAAGCUCCAGCAACUCCUCCGUCUUUCUCAAAAUCAAGUCAGUGAAUUCAUCAGACUCUGGGUUGUAUGUCUGUGGAAUUAUCAGAGAUGGAAAUCUACUUUUUAGUAGGACACAUUUAAAUAUUCAUGGCACUGAUGAGCUUGAUGGUAGCAUGGACAGCAAAUGUAAACAGUCUGAUGAAAUGGUAAAGCUGGUGAGUGUGGCCCUGGGUGGACUGACUGUUGUCCUUGUAAUGGUCAUCAUUGGUCUGGUUGUUCAAAACAUGAAGCUUAAAAAAGAUCAAGAAGAACAGAAUCCAAAGCAAAGUCAGAAACGUGGCUCUGACGACCUGAACUACGCUGCAGUGACUUUUCAAAAGAGAGCAAAAAGAAGAGAACCAGAGCCAAAUGUUAUUUAUGCUGCUACCAGAUAGACUGGGAACUCUUAUGCAUCGUAUUUGCUGUAUAUGUCUUGUGGUUUUGAAUGGCUUUUUAUUUUAAGGAAGAUAAAUCUAAUUGUGCAAUAAAGAUC